AUGCCGCCCCCGAAUCCACCCCCCCUCGACCCCUUCCCGCCCCUCUCCCGCUCAGCCCCCGCCCAGCCAUCCCGUGCCUCGUACGCUUCCAUCCUCCGCGGCACCUCCCCAGCUGGCGAAGACGACAUCGACCGCCAAGACGUGCUCGACGACCUGAACGACUACCACCGCCCCCCGCCUCCCCCCAUGCCCCCUCGCCAGAGAUCAGACCCCAGCGCAGGGCCUAGUAUACUCUCCACCCCGAGCUCGGGGGUCGCGCAGGGCAGGUCGGUGGCGCAGGGGGCGCGUAACCCACCGCACCAGAGCUUGACGCCGACGUCGGGGGCUGUACCGCCCACCAACCUCAGCCCGCCGACGCCUUCGCCCACGCGUGCUGCACGCGCGGCUAGGCGGGCGGGCGAAGCGGGUGCUGUUGGACAAGAAGAAGGAGGAGGGGAAAGUGGGAGCUCGUUCACUUUGGAGGACAUGUUGGGAAAUGUAGCCCCUCCUGAGGUAUUUCAUGUGGGAGGGAGGAGAGGGGGGAGUGUGGGGACGCAGAGGGCGACGAGGACGAGUUUGCCUGCUUUGGUAAACCCCAGUGGGCCGAGGGCGGGCGAGGGGCUCCUGAGGCUGGUCUCGGACCUGCACAAUGCUCGUCAACGCAACACAACCUCCUCAGACAACUUGCCUUCCCGGCGGUACAGCGCUCGCCCCAUAAUCCCCCUCAACCUGAGCGACUCGGACGGAUCAAUGACCGAGGGCGAGGACGACGCCCCCGCGGCCUCUGCCAUCCGUACACGUCUUGCAAGACCAGCAGGCAUGGGAGGCGGAGCAAGUGGGCGAAACGGAGGAGGCGACCACGACAAUCUCGAAGAAUGGCUCGAUGCGUCGAUUUUCAACGAGUCUCGGCUCCUCGACGAGAUGCGCGCCAACCCCCUUGGACGGGAGAGGGACGCCGAGAGGCAGGGGCAGGGGGACGAAGGGGCCCACCUGCAUCGGGGAGGCAACAACAGACGGCGCGAGUAUCUCGAAUGGAUGGACCACAUCGGCGACUUGAGGCACUCUCUCCCUCAUCCACCACUGCCACCUCGCGCAGAGGGACUGCCGCCGACCAACACCGACCUCGCCAGCGUCUCCCAGCCAUACCUCGUCAGUCUCACAGGAACCCGACGCGAACGCUCCUCCAGUUCUUCCACCCCACGCAAACGCCCCCGUCCCUCCUCCCCACCACCGCACCGCGCCUCCUAUCUCUCCCACUCCACCCUCCCCUCCUCCACCCCUCUCCCCUCCUCCUUCUUCCCCCCGCUCACCCGCUCCCACCUGACACUCACAACCCACAUCUCCCCAUCCUACGGCCCCGCUCCACUCAUCACCUUCAAAGGCCACCACCCCACGCGCGAAGACGCCGACGCCACAGCACUCUUGACCGAACAGCCCAUCCCUCUUGCUGCUGGGAUCCACUACUAUGAAGCUGAAGUGCUGUCGCAGGGGGAAGAAGGGUACAUGUCGGUGGGGUGGAUGGUAAAAGGAAGGAAUUUGAGGCGGUUGGUGGGGUGGACGGCGGGGACGUGGGGGUGGCAUGGGGAUGAUGGGAUGUUGUUCCGAGGACAGGGCGCGGGGGAGCCGUUCAGUGAGGGAUGGGGAGAAGGAGAUACAGUGGGAUGUGGGGUUGAUUAUAUCAAAAAGACUGCAUUUUUCACCAAGAACGGUCGUUUGAUGGGUACAAAACAGAUCGACCUUCCCUCUGAACUUCACCCCGCCGUAGGCCUACGGACGGUUGGCGAGAGCAUCGCCGUCAACUUUUCUGGUCCUUUCAAAUACGACAUUGACAGUCGUGUCCGGGAUGCCAAGGAAGAAGUGAUCAGAGAGGUCAAGGGGACCGAGGUGGCGAACGUUGUAAGGGUGGUAGACCAGCUGCCUCGCCCGAUAGCGUCACCGUCUAAAGCAGCAAAAGAAGAGAACAUGGACAUCGACCUCCCUCCUAGCCCAUCUCACAAAGGCAAAUCCAAAGCCUCGCCCACUCCCACCCCCUCCCCUCUCGGCGCCCCCUCUCUCACACCGCUCGACCCGUCCGAAAAAGUUUCAGCCGCUUUCGUGCUCGACCACCUUUUACAUCACGGGCAUGAUCGAGCAGCGGCAAUGUUGCGUCAAGGGAUGGCUUGGCGGAAGGUGAUGCCGGGGAUGCGGCCGAAAGAAGAAGGGUUUACCGAAAAGUCUGCAAAAGUCCCGAGCUUUGGGUCUUUACAAGAUGGCAAACCCCCCGUCCUCUCGGACUUUCCAUCGACACUCUCAGCUGCGCACUUUGUCGCUUCACUCAUCCGUACACCGUUUGACCAUUCCCUGUUCAACACUUUCUGGCGCGAUCUCCUAGAUCAGGGCCCUGUGUCGGAUACCAGGGAUAGCUUGGAGUGGAGAGGGCUGCUUUGGCAGUUUUUGUUUGUCUCCACAAACGGCGGGGGGGUAGUGGACGAAAACUCCGCCCCUAGUACCUCGUCCUUCCCCAAUAUCAACCCCAUCAACUCUUCCAACACCGACACUGACCCCGACUCCGCUUCCCUCUCCCUAGGCCUCAAACUCUCCUCCCUCAUCGCCCACCACAAACUCCCCCCCGCCGACGUAGCCGUCGUAAAAGAAGCUUUCGGGGCACUAGCGGAUCCGGGUGGGGAGGGGUGGAAAUCGGGGGAGAGGUGGAGGGGCUGGAGGGAGAAGUUUGCUGAUGAUUAUGUUGCUUGGGUUCGCCAGACGAGUAAUGCGAAAGCGCAGAGUCAUCUCGAAGCUGCCAUAGGCCAGACACAAGCGGUAUUACGGAUGUUAGCACAAAACCAAGGAAAGACUGGAGCGGCGUUCGUAGGCGUAGCCGACGUGCUCUGA